UAACGCUCAUAAGAAGAAGAGAAAUACUUAUGCGAAGUGCCUGUCGCGUCUAUACUUACCUGGUGACAAAAUGUCGAUAUUUACGCCUACGAAUCAAAUCCGCCUGACCAACGUGGCGGUCGUCAGAAUGAAAAAGGGAGGGAAACGAUUUGAAAUAGCGUGUUACAAAAAUAAAGUGAUGAGUUGGAGAUCAGGAGCAGAGAAAGACCUGGAUGAAGUACUACAGACGCACACAGUGUUUAUAAACGUGUCAAAGGGCCAAGUGGCGAAAAAGGACGAUCUGUCUAAAGCGUUCGGAACAGAUGACGUCACAGAGAUAUGCAGACAGAUUUUAGCAAAAGGAGAACUUCAGGUUUCUGAUAAGGAGCGACAGACUCAGCUAGAGCAGAUGUUCCGGGACAUCGCUACGAUCGUGGCUGAGAAAUGUGUAAAUCCAGAAACUAAGCGCCCUUAUACAGUGAACUUAAUAGAAAGAGCUAUGAAGGACAUUCACUACUCAGUAAAGGCCACUAAGAGCACGAAACAGCAGGCACUUGAAGUCAUUAAACAGUUGAAAGAAUCCAUCCAGAUUCAGAGAGCUCACAUGCGACUUCGCUUCAUCCUGCCUGCCAAAGACGGGAAAAGGGUGAAGGAGAAGCUCAAACCAAUCCUAAAGGUUGUAGAGAGUGAAGACUUCGAUGAACAGCUGGAAAUGGUUUGUUUGAUAGAUCCGGGCUGCUUCCGGGAAAUCGAUGAUCUCAUUCGCUUCGAGACGAAAGGCAAGGGGUCGGUGGAGGUCCUCAGUCUGAAAGAUGUGGAAGAAGGCGAUGAGAAGCUCGAAUAACCCGUCCUGAAUCUGCCUUUACACCACUUCCUACACUAACUACUUCCACAUUAAAUUAUUUCUCUCUUUUAUGCAUCAAGACUAAUAUAAAGAAGAUUUAUAUUAUAAGGAACUGAAAAUUAAUGAACCCUUAAGCAGUAUCAGCUGAAAUUUCUAGCUUGUGAUGUUUUUUAUGGGUGGGAAUUUAUAAUAAUAAUAAUAAUAAUAAUAAAAAAAAUAAAUAAAUAACACAACUCAAAUCACAAUGAAAAGGUUUGUUUUCUGUGAAAAUUAAAGUGAUUUGUAUGACUGCUAGACAUAUUGAUUUAUUAAAAUAAAUACAAGUACACAUGCAAACAUGCAGCAUAGAAAGCACUGAUACUUCUGAGAGUAGUUACCCCGCUUGCCCUUGACACCUUGUCCCCCUGCUGUUUUAAAUUUUAAAGGUGCAGGAAUAGAACUGCUCAGCUUUUCUUUUUCUUUCAAAGGCAAAUGACAAAGUUUUAACAGUUGGAGUAAAGUCAGUAUGGAAGUACAUAAAGGUUUCAGACCUGCAGUUCACCUCACCGCCAGCAGAUGGCUCUAAAUACAAUACAAGCUGCUUUCUAAGAAUUCUAUCCUGCACCCUUGUAUAGGCAUCUCAGUUUGUGCCAUAUAUCUGUUUAUCCAAAAUAAAGGAUAAAAAUGUACAGAAACGUGCAAAUAAACAUUAAAGUACA